CAGAUGUCAUAAUCGUAAUAAAACUCCAACCACAAGCCUUAUCUCUCUCCCCCAUCUAUUUUUCAACUCUCUCUCGUCUCUCUCCCUCAUCUCUCUGUAUCUCCCAUCCAUAUAACUCUCUCUCCCCUCUUUCUCUCUCAUCCGUAUGGCAUAUUCUCCGAUUCCCCAUCCAUCUCUCCCGAUUUCAAAUCUCUCUAUGCUCAGUUUACUCUGUUUAAUUCUCAAUUGAUUACAAAACUUCUGCAGUGGUGGUACUAUCGGACUCUCAUAGCUUCUUGAUCGGCGUUAGAAUUAGGGCUUUUGUGUUGUUCGAGAUUUGGUUGAGAUCCGUGACAUGAAGAUUGAAGAUUACGUCGAUGAUGAGAUUGAUUCAUGUGAUGAUAAUAGCGGUAAACAGAUUGUUGCGGUUGAUGCCAAACGCGUGUUAGUUGGAGCCGGGGCUCGGAUCUUGUUUUACCCGACUUUGCUGUAUAAUGUUUUCAGGAACAAGAUUCAGUCGGAGUUUCGGUGGUGGGAUGAGAUUGAUCAGUUUCUCCUUCUUGGGGCGGUUCCGUUUCCUAAGGAUGUUCCCAGACUUAGGCAGCUUGGUGUUGGUGGUGUCAUUACCCUCAAUGAGCCUUAUGAAACUUUGGUUCCGACCUCAUUGUACCAUGCUCAUGGAAUAGACCAUCUUGUAAUUCCAACACGAGAUUAUCUCUUUGCUCCUUCGUUUGUGGAUAUUAAGCGCGCGGUAAAUUUUAUUCACAGGAAUGCAUCUUGUGGUAAGACUACUUAUGUUCACUGCAAAGCUGGAAGGGGAAGGAGUACAACCAUCGUCCUCUGUUAUUUGGUGGAGCACAAGCACAUGACUCCUGCUGCUGCGCUGGAGUAUGUACGUUCUAGAAGACCCAGAGUGCUCUUGGCUCCCGUUCAAUGGAGAGCAGUUCAAGAAUACAAGCAGCACCGGUUGGCAUCUACUGGCCAGUCUCCAUCAGCAGAUGCUGUAUUGAUUACAAAAGCCGAUUUGGAAGGUUAUCAUAGCUCGUGUGACACUGUCGCUGGAAAAGAACUGGCAAUCAUCAAUAGAGUGACCAGGAGCAGGCCUAUGAUUGCAAAACUAUCCUGUCUCUUUGCGUCUUUGAAAGUUUCUGGCAGCUACACACCAGUUACUAGACAACUCACAGAGGCCCGUGCUUGCUAAAUCCACCUACAGUUGUAAUUUUUUGCUUGUAUAGUACGACCAUUAUGGAAAUAAAAGUUUAAAGAGUGAUGCAUUUCCCAUGCUCCCGGUCAUCUUGUGUUGAAAGAGGAAAAAUGGGGAAAAUAAAGAGUCGAAGAUAUCUAAAAGCUGUUGUGCAUUUGGAGGAAUACCUGCCCUAAGGUGAUUUUUACAUGUAUCAGCUUUUGAUUUUUAGUAUUGCUCUUUUCUCUCAAACUUAUAAAAUGAAUGAUAUGAUACUAUGGUGCUUUUACACCACUA